GCCGGGGGCGGCAAGAUGGCGGUGCAGGCGGUGCACCUGGAGGCGGACGCGUUCUUGGUGUGCCUGAACCACGCUCUGAGCACCGAGAAGGAGGAGGUCAUGGGGCUCUGCAUCGGAGAGGUGGACACCAGCCGAAUCGUCCACAUCCACUCUGUGAUAAUCCUGCGGCGCUCUGACAAGAGGAAAGACCGUGUGGAGAUCUCACCAGAGCAGCUUUCAGCUGCUUCCACCGAAGCAGAGAGGUUGGCUGAGAUGACAGGACGUCCCAUGAGGGUGGUGGGCUGGUACCACUCCCACCCCCACAUCACGGUGUGGCCCUCCCACGUGGAUGUCCGCACACAGGCCAUGUAUCAGAUGAUGGACCAAGGGUUUGUAGGGCUGAUCUUUUCCUGCUUCAUCGAGGACAAGAACACCAAGACAGGCAGAAUUCUCUAUACCUGUUUCCAGUCUGUUCAGGCCCAGAAGAGCUCAGAAUAUGAAAGGAUUGAAAUUCCCAUUCAUGUUGUCCCCCAUGAAACCAUUGGGAAGGUGUGUCUGGAGUCAGCUGUGGAGCUGCCCAAGAUCCUUUGCCAAGAAGAACAGGAUGCCUACAGGAGAAUUCACAGCCUCACCCAUCUUGACUCUGUAACCAAGAUCCAUAAUGGCUCAGUGUUCACAAAGAACCUCUGCAGCCAAAUGUCUGCCAUCAGUGGGCCCCUGCUGCAGUGGCUCGAGGACAGACUGGAGCAGAACAAACAGCGUGUGCAGGAGCUGCAGCAGGAGAAGGAGCAGCUGCUGGAGGAACUUGCUGCUUUAGAGUGAGGAGGAAACGCAGACCCUUCAGGAAAGUGACAUGAAAAAAUCUUCAAGAACUACUCCAGGCUGAAGGGUGGCCCUGCAUUGCCUCAGUGAAGGUACUGGCUGUGCCUCUUCUCUUGCAGCAAAGAGCACAGCUCCAGGAUCAGGACUUUACCUGCCCCAGCUUGGUGCAAAGCAAUGCUGUGUCUGCAGUUGCUGCACUUCUGGCUCAGUGGUGGGGCUGGGCAGCACCUGAAGACUCCUGUUCUGGAGAGCACACACCUGGGGAACCUGUUGUUUCUCCCUCUAUGUUUUGACAGAAGUGCUACUGCUUUACAUGUAUUCCAGGAGCCUGGAACAGGGUUACAGGGGAAAAGUGUGUCCCUGCUGUCCUAUCUGAUGCUGCCAGCUUCUGCCUUCUCUUAGUAGCUUCGGUUGACCGUGAUCUUUUAUCUAGUAAUGUUGGGGAUCACUGGUCAUUCACCCAGGCAGGUAAGAGGUGGGAGGGAAGCUUGGGAACAGACCCGGAAGAUCUUUGACAUCAGAUCAGUGUUUAGCAUAUGUCAAACCAAAUAAAGAAUUCCAAAGCUAGAGCUGUUGGGAGUAAAAAUUAAAUGAAUGCUACCAAGUGCCAG